GCCCGUCACGUGAGCACUUUCACUUUCCAAACGUCAUUUGAAGUGGCUUUCCGUGCUGGCGGGAGAUCUAUUUUAUCUUCGAAAAUAACAAUAACAACAUGUUGUAGGCCUACAGAUGAAAACACAUGAUUGCGUCCAUCGUCUAAACUGGAAUGUAGAGUAUUUUCGUCUCGAUUGCUUUUGCGCGUCGAUCGUCUGAAUGAAUCUAUCCACCCUGGGCCUGUACUGAAAUGUAAAUAGCCUAUUCAUUUCUGAAUCUAUAUGUGCAACCCAAUAUGAACAGGUUCCUUAAUUAUUCAACUGUUAAUAAUAUUCAGUCACCUGGUAAAUAUAGCAAUUUUUUCAACAAAGAAAACUGAAUUGAAGAGGGGAACUGCAGUUGCGAUCGGCGCCAAUGGACCCGUUGGAUUUUCUGACAGAUAAGCAGUUACUGCAGUUUUUCCACUGUAGUAGGACAGAAAUGUCGUGCAUGGAGCAACCACACACCUUUCUUAACCAGCUCCGAGACCACCACCUCAUUCCGGAAGAAAUGUACAAGAAGCUGAUUCGGUGUAGGAGUAAGGAGCUGAGGGAGAAGGGUGUGUACCAGGUGUUGGACUGGGUGGAGGCAGAGAGGCCCGACAGCAUCAAGGUGUUCUGGAACUGUGUGUUCAAGGACCACCUCCUGCUGCAGUACCCCACGUUACGCCUGCUACGAAACCGCCUGCUGGAUGGGUCGUUCACAUUUUAUGAGAAACUGCUAGAGAAGAUGGAGAAGGAAGAGGAGGAGGAGGAUAAGAAGAAGAAGGCUUCAGCGGAUGGAGAAGAGGAAGAGGAAGAGGAGGAGGAGGAGAAGAAGACAGGAAGGAAAAAGAGGAAUAAGAGAAGUGAGAGUGCAGAGAAGGGCAAGCCCAGCACGUCCACCCAGUCCACCCCCAGUCAGAAGAGGAAAGUCCGAAGGUUAAAAUACUAUUCUCCUUUUUGGGAGGGGGAGAAAUCUGACAUUUGGACCUGGCCCAUCUACAAGAUCCAGCUCCCAGUCACCUGUGGGGAUAAGGAAGGCAUGCUCAUCAGGAACAAGCUGGCCACAGGGGAGAGGUGCAUUGUGGUCCAGGGUCGCUGGUUCACCCCAAGUGGCUUUGAGGAGUUUGGGGGGAAGAAGAGCAGUAACAACUGGAAGUACAGUAUCUGCUGUAGAGACACCACUCUGGCAGAACUGAUCCAGGAAGGUCAUUUAACUUCACCAGACUUUAAAAGAAGAAAGAGUACACAGGAUCACCACCCUGGUUCCUCAUCCACUGUUCGGAGGUCCCUACGUAUCAAUAGAAAGGCCAAGAGAGCACUGUUUCCCUUCAACCAAUCAGCAGGCUCAAUCACUGAAUCUGAGGAGGAUGACGAUGAUGAUGAGGAAGAGGAGGAAGAAGAAGCUGAGCAGGAAAGAGAGGAAGGAGAGAGAGGAGAGCAGGCAAACACUGCUGGAGAGAGCAGUACAGGACGCAGCCAUUGUGGUGUGAAAAAGUCUGUUUUCAAAGUUACCUGUGGAGCCAUCAGUGGAAUGCUACAUAAUAAUCGGUUUGCAUCAGGGUCGUGUGGAAAGAGCAUCCGCACGGACCAGCGCUGGAUGACCCCGGUGGAGUUUGUGACGGUGGGGUCAGCUCUGGAAGAUCCCUCCUGGAAGAAAGACAUCCAGUGGGACGGGAAACCACUCAGCGUGCUCAUCGAGAGAAAGAUCUUGGUCAUUCACUCUCUCCUGUGUAAGUGCAACCUAUGCAGCUCCACGGCCAAAGACAGGCAUGAUCAGGAUAACGAUGACGACUGCUUCAUCUGUAGAAGAAGCCAGGGCAGCUUGAUAUGCUGUGAUGAGUGUCCUCGCUCCUUCCAUCAGAGAUGUCAUCUUCCUAAUGUGGAUGAUGCUAUCCUGGGGGAUGAUUGUCCGUGGAUGUGUACAUUCUGUGUACAGAGGACCAGUCAGUCGUGGCGCUACCCCAAACAAAUGACCUACCAGGAAGCCUUAACCUGCCGAAUCUCAGACCACCUACUGGAAUGCCAGUACCUCCUGCUGUGUCUCUACCACGCGGACGAGGACCACAUCUUUGUGAAAGAUCCUUGCAUCAAUGUGAGAAACUACACCAGUGUGAUAAAGACCCCUAUAUGGCUGGACAGGGUUGUGGAGAAGCUGCAGCAGAAUCUCUACCAAACAGUGCAACACUUUGUGUCUGAUGUGUUGCUUAUCUUCACCAACUGUGCCACAUUUAACAGGGACAAUGCAGAGUUCCGUGGGAUGGGCGAAAGAUUGAAGGUUCUAUUUGAGAGAGAGUUCAAGAGUACAUUCAGCAUCCAACUUCAGCAUCCAACUGCAUCCAACAGCCAGUAGAGCCUUCAUCAAGUCUGUACUGUUAUCUCACUAUGAGACAACAGGGAAUAUUCACCAUGCAAUGGUCUUUCUAUACAGCCUUCAUACAGACUUGCAUGUACAUUAUUAUCCAUCUAGUCCUUUCAUGAAUUUCUUUCAUUUGUUCUAGCAGUCAAAAUGUGUGUGUGAUAAUAAUUGAAAUAGAAUGAUGGUGAUAACAUUGCAUUUCACACAGUAAAUGUUGCUUUGCUAACUUCUCAUACAAGAGCCUUAGAAUUCCUCACCUUCCAGGUUCUUACUUCUGGUUCGGCCUCACUAGAUUCAUGUCCAGGGAUUCUAUCGAAAAUAAACUCAGGAAUUUCUAAAACAUUG